AGGGCACAAUGUUCUCUUCUCGCGAGAUUUGUGAGCGACCAUCUUGCUCCUGCCCCUGACAGAGUGUCUUGUUGGGGUCACUGGGACGCAGAGCGUACUGCGCGGACCCUUUUGACCAUGCUGUCCCGGGUGGUUUUUUCUGCGGCUGCUGCAGCGGCCCCCUGUCUGAGGAACGCAGCCCUUCUCGGUCCAGGGGUAUUGCAGGCAACAAGGAUCUUCCACACAGGGCAGCCAAGUCUUGCCCCUGUACCACCUCUUCCUGAGCAUGGAGGAAAAGUUCGUUUGGGCCUGAUUCCUGAAGAAUUCUUUCAGUUCCUUUAUCCCAAAACUGGCGUAACAGGACCGUAUGUGCUUGGAACUGGACUUAUCCUGUAUUUUCUGUCCAAAGAAAUAUAUGUGAUUACUGCAGAGACCUUCUCUGCCAUAUCAACAAUAGGGUUGCUUAUCUAUGUAGCUAAAAAAUACGGUGCCUCUAUUGGAGAAUUUGCUGAUAAACUCAAUGAGCAAAAAAUUGCCCAGCUAGAAGAGGCGAAACAGGCUUCCAUCAAACAGAUCCAGGAUGCGAUUGAUAUGGAGAAGUCACAGCAGGCACUGGUUGACAAGCGCCAUUACCUUUUUGAUGUCCAGAGGAAUAACAUUGCUAUGGCACUGGAACUUACUUACCGGGAGCGGCUGCACAAGGUAUACAGGGAGGUGAAGAAUCGCCUGGACUAUCACAUCUCUGUGCAGAACAUGAUGCGUCGAAAGGAACAAGAGCACAUGAUAAACUGGGUGGAGAAGCAUGUGGUGCAGAGCAUCUCUGCACAGCAGGAAAAGGAGACAAUCGCCAAGUGCAUUGCAGAUCUAAAGCUGCUUGCAAAGAAGGCUCAAGCACAGCCAGUUCUGUAAAUGCAUCUGUCCCAGUGGAGACAGCUAGAAGCAAUUGACUGAAGAAAUUAGUCCAUGUGACACAAUCUUUCUGUAUUGCUAUCUACUGAAGUUACACUUCACCUUCCCUAAAAAUGAAAUGUUUGUUGCUUAUAGUGAGAGAAUUAAAACAGUCUGUUGGUGAACGAGAUGUUUUUCAUCCUUCCAUGAUCACUUUUGAAUGAGAAGUUGCUAUUAAUAAAACUUGUUGGUGGCUAACGAUUA